AUGUCCGCACAAGCAACACAAGGAAUGAGUCAGGGCGCCACGCAAGGUGCUGCCCAAGGCGCUGCCCAAGGUGGUCAGAUGGACAAGCUUGAUUCGGCUGUGGACACGAUCAUGAAGAAGACGGGUCACACGGGCAAUCGACAGACGGUCGAGAAGAUCAGCGACGGCAUUCGCUCCAUUUACAAGAAGAUAACAGGCAAGAACAUUCCGAUAGCGGAUCAAAAUUAG